AUGCAGAUAUCCUUUGUAAGUAGGCCAGUAUACAGCAUGAAGUGCAUGAGAAUUUGUCACAACAUGAAUGUAAUAUAACACUGAUCUCACACCAGAUUGGGAGUGAGUCCUUGAAAAAUUAAAAUAAAUGCAAGUUGUUUAUUUUUUUUUUAGCACAAAAAUAGUUAUCCCAGUGCAUGUUGUAAAGCAAGGACCUCAAAAUGUGGACAAAAAGCCAAGAGUUAGGCUACACUGCUGGCAGUGUUAGCGUUGCUUUCCAUGGUGCACACAAGUAAAGCUGAAAUAAUUAACGGGAUAAUUAGAAAAGAAACUGCCACCUAUUUUUAAAUACGUGGCAGUGCUUUGAGAGCCUUACUUCUGCCGUCGGAGCUUCGUACCGCGAGGAGUGGAACGCUCUGCCGGAAGUGAGUUUCCACACGGAUUCUUUCGCAUGUGGCACCGCUGUUACACAUGUGUAAACAAGGCAACUUGAGGAACGGUUAGCUGGACAAACUGCUGUCAGCAUUAAUAUAAGAUUUAAAAACAAGAACAAGCUUUUUAAAGUACAUUUUGAUCCAAAAUGGCGUCCACAGUACACAGUGACAGCGACGAUGGCUUGGACGCGUUCAUGGACAAAUUCAAGACCCAGCGGUAUAAAAAUGCCUUCAGUGAAAACGACUGGGAGGAGGAGUUUAAUAAAAUACCCAUGUUCAUGAAAAACGCCCCCGAAGAGAUCGACCCACAGAAAUACCCAGAACUAGCCUGCCUCCAGUCCAUUAUCCACGACGAAGACCGGCCUCCUGAAGAACAAGCAAAAAGCCUGAAAGAUGAAGGCAAUGCCUAUUUCAAAGAGAAGAACUACCAAAAAGCGGUGGUGGCCUACACAGCGGGUUUGAAGAAGAAAUGUGCAGACCAGGACCUCAAUGCUGUCCUCCUCACCAACCGUGCAGCAUCACACUUUUACCUUGGAAAUAUGCGCUCUGCUUUGAAUGAUGCUGCAGCUGCAAAGAAGCUCAAGCCAGACCACCUGAAAGCCUUGAUCAGAGGCGCUCAGUGUUGUAUAGAGCUGCGCCACUUUUCAGAGGCCAUCCAGUGGUGUGAGGAGGGGCUCAAGGUUCAUCCUACUGACAAAAAGCUGCGGGAGCUGAGAGCAGCGGCAGAUAAGCACAAAAGAGCAGCAGAGAGAGAUGCCAGGAAGGCCAAGGCUAAAGAAAAGAAGUUGCAUGGUGAGAAAGAAGCUCUUCUGAAUGCCAUAAAGGAUCGAGGCAUCAAACUCGUGCAGCCUGCGAGGGCUCAGCGGAGCGGUUCCGACAGUGAAGAUGAGGACGAACGCUCUCCUGCGGCGAUAGCAGAGCUCAGCCUGGAUGGCCUCAGCUCUCAGGAGGUCACCGGGGCUCAGGUCUUCGUAGAUGAGCAGGGCUCUCUGCAGUGGCCCGUUCUCUUUCUCUACCCCGAACAUCAGCAGAGUGACUUCAUCUCGGCUUUCUGUGAAAACAGCUGCUUCACAGACCACCUGGGAGUCAUGUUUGAAGAACUUCCACCCUGGGACGCGGACAGAAAAUACCUCCCACAAAAUCUGCAGCUUUACUUUGAGGACGAGGAGAAGGAGACACUUUACCGAGUCGACCCAGAGAUGUCACUUUUGAAAAUACUGCAACACAAAAGGUAUUUUGUGAAGGCGGGCACGCCCAGCUUCAUCGUUUUAGUAAAAGGCUCUUCAUACUGCAAGCAGUUUUUAUCAGGAAGGAAAAUACACGGACUGUAAGGAAAGGCAGAGCUUCAACUCACGCACAUGAAAUCCUCUGACAUUCUCAAUAACUGACUCAUCAAACGUCACUGAAAAUAAAACAUGAGGUUUUGUAACAUGAACUGUUUACACUCUUUAUUUCUUUCUGUGAAAAACGGGCGAGUGUUGAAGUGUGUGAAUUAUUGCGCAACAGUCAUCUCAUCUAUAUAUUCUAAGGUAGGACCCUUCGUAGCAUUAGAGAGAAAACAAUCAGAAGAUCCCCUUUGAGCAAUCACUGCUGUUAGUCCAGUAGUCACACAACUGGCAUAGUAACUCCAACUUUAAUGGUCGCCUUCUUUCGUACAACCACAGAAAAAAACUGACCCUC